AUUAAGAAAAUGAUCAAAAUAACAGCGAAUCCGAUGCUUUAAGUGUGUUUUGUAACCCACAAACAAAGUGAUUUAUAGCCAUUUCCAGAAUGGCCGCUAAAAGAAAUGUGGAGUUGGGCUUUGUCGAAGAAAAAGAGAUAUUCCUUCUGAAAAGUAGAUUCUUUCCGAGCAAAGUAUGCGGUUUGCCCUCAUGGCUGUCAUUGAAUCUACUUCCAAGCGCAGAGGAGCUGACAUGUCGUGUUUGUUCGAAACCAACCGUGUUUCUUUUACAGUACAGGUCUACGCACCAGAUUCUUCAAAAAGUUUCGCUUUCCAUUGAAAAUGAUAUGCCACAAGCGAUUGAGCAGCCAUCAAUGGACAUUAGUGCUGAGCUGUCGACAGAAACUGUCAGUCAUCAUUUGCAGCCUCUUGACAGGCCUUUGGCUCAAAGAGACUCUGAUAUGGCAUCAGACAAUGAAAAUGAUUUGCCUCAAGCGAUUGAGCAGCCAUCAAUGGACAGUAGUGCCAAGCUGUUGACAGAAACUGUCAGUCAUCAUUUUCAGCCUCCAGACAGGCCUUCAGGUCAAAGAGACUAUGACAUGAAAUCAGCCAAUGAAAAUGAUUUGCCUCCAGGGAUAGAUCAGCAAUCAAUGGACUAGUGCUGAGCUGUCGACAGUAACCAUCAGUCAUCAUUUGCAGACUCCUGACCAGCCUUCGGCUAAAAGAGACUCUGAUAUGGAAUCAGAAAAUGAAAAUUAUUUGCCUCCAGCGAUUGAUCAGCCAUCAAUGGACAGUAGUGCUUAGCUGUCGACAGAAACCAUCAGUCAUCAUUUGCAGCCUCCUGAAAGGUCUUCGGCUCAAAGAGACUCUGAUAUGGAAUCAGGCAAUGGUAUGUUUGUGUGUGUGUGUGUUUAUGUAGCACAUAAAACGUGCUACAUUUUAAGCCGUCUUUUAAUAAAUCACCAUAUGAAAUCAAUUUUCCAGCUUAUAGCUGUUUAAGUUUAAUUAAAUUCAUUUGAAGAAUACUGCAGCAACAGCCCAUUGAUAUUUAUAUGGAACACAACUGCUUGUUGUGAAAGAUCAAAUAGAUGUUUCAGAUGGUAAAGUCAAACUGUUAUCUUUCAAAAAAUGAUUUGCCU